GUUGGCUUGUCAUAGGCUUACGCGCUUUUUAGUUUUUACGUAAACUAUUUUGACCUUCAGAUGCUGAAAAUAUUGCCAGGAUUAGUUUCAAAACACGUGUUGUACAUCAACAAGAAUGGCCACAGAAGAUAAUAAAAAGAAGAAGAAAAUCUCUAGUGCUGAAGUUGGAGAAAUCCAGCGGUCAGAAACUUUUCUUAUUGCUCCAUCAGAAAAAGCAGCCAAGUUAGACACAUCUCAUUGGCCACUUUUGUUAAAGAACUUUGACAAAUUGAACAGAUUAACAAGCCACUACACUCCAGUGCCUGCUGGCUCUUCUCCCCUACAGAGAUCUACAGAAGAUUAUGUUAGAUCUGGGUUUAUUAAUCUUGAUAAACCUUCCAACCCAUCCUCACACGAAGUUGUAGCAUGGAUAAAGCGUAUUUUGCGAGUAGAAAAAACUGGCCACAGUGGUACAUUAGAUCCCAAAGUUACAGGGUGCCUGAUUGUCUGUAUUGAUCGGGCUACUCGAUUGGUCAAAUCUCAACAAGGUGCUGGUAAAGAGUAUGUCUGCAUUUUUGAGCUUCACAACCCGGUGGCAGAUGAAAAGAAAGUCAGAUUGUGUUUGGAGGGUAUCAAAGGUGCUAUGUUUCAAAGGCCACCCCUGAUCUCCGCUGUUAAACGUCAACUAAGAAUAAGAACAGUUUAUGAUGUUAAAAUGAUUGAAUAUGAUGCCAGCAAAAGCCUAGGCAUUUUCUGGGUGAGCUGUGAGGCAGGCACUUACAUUAGGACCAUGUGUGUGCACCUGGGUCUAUUCCUGGGUGUGGGAGGCCACAUGAAAGAACUCAGAAGAGUUCGUUCUGGCAUUCAAAGUGAAAAGGAUGGCAUGGUGACCAUGCAUGAUGUUUUAGAUGCUCAGUGGAUGUAUGACAACCAGAAAGAUGACUCAUAUCUUCGUUGUGCUAUUAGACCCCUUGAGGCUCUAUUAGUUGGUCACAAGAGGAUUAUUAUCAAAGACUCCGCUGUGAAUGCUAUAUGCCAUGGAGCUCAAGUACUUAUUCCUGGUGUUUUAAGAUAUGAGGAUGGAAUAGAAGUGGGGCAGGAGAUUGUUAUUGUUUCGACCAAGGGUGAAGCCAUUGCACUUGCUAUUGCACAAAUGACAACAGCUGUUAUGUCAACAUGUGAUCAUGGCAUUUGUGCUAAGUUAAAGAGAGUCAUCAUGGAGAGGGACACAUACCCAAGGAAAUGGGGUCUGGGACCAAAGGCUAGCAAUAAAAAGAAUUUAAUCAAGCAAGGUCUUCUCAACAAAUAUGGGAAACCUAAUGAGAACACUCCUAAAAACUGGAACCCUGCCAUUGAUGACUUCAAUGCUGGAACAACAGUAAAAGUUGAAAAUGCAACUGCUAAUGCACAAACACCUGCCAAAACUGGAAAAAAAAGGCAACGUGAAGGCAGUGAUUCUGGAAGCGAUGUAGAGAAGGUCCCUGAGAUCACAACACCAAGUGGAGAUGCCUCUGGAGACAAGAAAAAGAAGAAGAAGAAGAAAGACAAACAAAAGGACUUAGAUGGAGAACCUGAGGCUGUAAAUGUUGAGGUGACAUCUGAGAAGAAGAAAAAGAAAAAAAAGAAGCACAAGAAAGAUGAUGAUGCCGAAUAAGGGGUGGGUGAUCAAGCUAGGUUUUAGACACUGCCAUUUAGUAGAUAAAAUGAAUGCUAGUAUCUUCUCUGUAUGGUUGGACCAUUUGUAAAUAGUGAGAGAUGUGUGAUUGAGGGAUGUUAGGUAAUUUGGUAGGAUAUUAAGCAUUCGUUUUUAUUGGGAAUUUUUAUAUGGAAUAAAUUUGUCGAUCUGACAUGCUCAGAUGCUGAUUCCUGUUUUUCAAAAUUGUUAAUGUGAACUCGGGCAUUUGAAAAUAAAUUUUAACUACAA